AUGGAGGAGUAUGCUUAUCUUUUGGGUAUACCAAUUUCUGAUAGGGUUCCUUUUUAUGGUUUGGAAGGAAUUCUGGAGUCUCAAGUUAUUGCUGGAGCUAUUCACCUGAAGAAAUAUGACAUAGAUGUUAACCUCCCUAUCAAAGGAGGUAUGAGAGGGAUCUUUUUGGUUGGGAAUCAUUAUCCAACUUUGCUUGGUGACGUAUAUUUCUCCAUUCAUCAUAGGACUUCUAAGGGAAAUAUAACUAUUGUCUAUUGCGUACCUUUGUUGUACAAGUGGUUUAUUUCACACUUGCCGCAAUCUCCUGUCUUCAAAGAAAACAAGGGUUGUUUAAGGUGGUAUCAAAGACUUGUGUCUCUCACCAAUGAUGACAUCACUUGGUAUUAUUCUGUUUAUGAUGAUGUCGAGAUUAUUGAAUGUUGUGGGGAGUUCUCUAAUGUGCCUCUUCUUUGUACACAGGGAGAAAUAAACUACAAUCCAGCUUUAGAAAGACGACAGCUUGAGUUCGUUAUGAAGGACAAACCUAAUAACACUUUGUUAGAAGGUUCAUUUUUCAAAGAGGAGAAAGACACUAAAGGAUUGAAGGCUAGGAUGGUGCAUGCUUCGCACAAUAUUCAUAGGAAGGGAAAAAGUGAACUUGAUAGAAGAAUUAUGUAG